AUGUCGUUGGUAAGCAUUGAUGUAAUUCUCAGCCUAUUUUGGGAGAAUAAUCUGAAAAGGGCUCCCCGUGAGUUUUGCUAUUUCCAGGCCUUGUUGUUACAAUAUGCAUGCUACCUAACGAUGGCGUGCGCGUUAUGUUUCGCCAUACAAACAUAUCGAUUGCUUGUGCUCUACAAGCAGGAGACCUCAGCAUACUUGAAAAGAUUAUAUUACGGAUUUAUAAUUAUAUAUCCUAUAGUCAUCACCAUUAUCCUGGCCAUACUUUCGAUUCGUUUUAAAGCCAUUAAACCGAGAGUCAUGAACUGUGAUGUGGUGGACACCCCCGUCAGGCUAAUAGGCUAUUCCGGCACUAAUCUAAUUCUCAGUUUACCCGGGACUUUUAUAAGUGGUAUUGUACCGAAUCUCGAGUUACUUUUGGGGAAAAAGAGUCACUUGGAUCAAUUCAAGACCACUCUCGGCAGUCGAGACUUAAAUAUGGCGAAUGGUCACUUGGGAUCGGGAUCAUCGGAAGAAAUGGGAAUCAUGUCAGAAUCCCAGAGUGACUCAUCAUCCUCUGCGCAAGAAGAUCAACACAAGAAAUCAUUACAACCUCAACCUCACCUCAACGCCACGUCCCGAUCUAUCACUCAACCUUCGCGCACCAAAAAGGGAAGAAAUGUGGAACAUAAUAGGUCAUAUAAUGUAACACGCAGGGCCGCGAUUCGCAUGGUAGGCUUCUCUCUGGCCUUCGCUCUCAUCAAUAUCACGGCCAGUGUUGGAGUUGUUUUAAGAGUUCUUGCCGAUAAACCAAACGAUACAGGCUUGGCAUCUAACGACUGGGUCGGUGGGUUUCUUGGUAUCAUAGUUUAUCUUGUUUUCGGUCUGCCCGAUAGCGUAUUUAGGGUUCAAAACAUAUAA